GCUGGCGGGGGGGCGGAGCAAGAUGGCGGCGGUACCGGCGCUCCCGGUGUCCCUCUCGGGCAGGUUUAAGGGAUCCUUUGCAUAUUUUACAAUUAAAGACAGACUUCCGCAGAUCCUCACAAGAGUUAUUGAUACUUUGCAUCGACAUAAAAAUGAAUUUUUUGAAGAACACGGUGAGGGCGUUGAAGCAGAGAAGAGAGCUAUAUCUUUCCUUUCCAAACUGCGGAAUGAGCUGCAAACAGACAAGCCAGUGACCCCUUUGGAAGAUGAGUUGCCUGAUGCUGCGCUGUGGAACCAAUACUUGGACUACCAACGAAACUUACCAAAUGGAAAUGGAGAACCAAGUUGGUUUCAGUCCCCUUGGCUGUACGUAGAGUGUUACAUGUAUCGAAGAAUCCAUGCAGCAUUAGCACUGAACCCACCUAUCAACAACUUUGACGUAUUUAAGGAAGGAAAGGCUCAAAAUUUCUUUGAAUCCCAAGAAGCUGUUAUUGCCUUAUGCACUUACUUUCAGGAACUUCUUAAGAACAUCAAGGAUCUAGAUGAAAAGCAACUUCAGGAGGAAUUUCUUAAGCUAUUGCAGGUGUCAUUGUGGGGCAAUAAGUGUGACCUUUCUUUUUCAGCUGGUGAAGACAGCUCUCAGAAGUCCAGUCCCUUGCAAUCCCUGGAAAACAUGGUACCUUACAUCUUAGUGAAUGAUAUGGAAAAAGUUUGGUCACUACUUGUAAAUGCCAAAAAAAAUAGAACAGAAAGAAGUAAUGUUAGAAUUGACAUAAUCCUGGAUAAUGCUGGAUUUGAACUUGUAAGUGAUCUUGUGUUGGCUGAUUUCUUGUUAUCAUCAAAGCUAGCCGAUGAAGUCUAUUUUCAUGGAAAAAGUAUUCCAUGGUAUGUAUCAGAUACCACAAAGCAUGAUUUUAACUGGACUAUUAAACAACUGGGGUCAGCUAAUCAUAUGUGGAUGUCUAGAUGUGGGAUAAACUGGGAAGGCAAUUUGAAAAAAGGAGUUUGGGUUUUCCAUGACCACAUGUUCUGGACUUUACCACAUGAUUUUUCCAGUAUGAGUGAAGUUGCUCCUGACUUGUAUGCUGAGCUACAGAAGUCAAACUUGCUUCUUUUCAAGGGUGAUCUGAACUACAGAAAAUUGACAGGAGAUAGAAAAUGGGAGUACAGUAUCCCGUUUCAUCAAGCCUUGAAUAAGUUUCAUCCUGCGCCUCUCUGUAGUUUGAGAACACUGAAAUCUGACACCCAGGUUGGCCUGAAACCUGGACAAGGUGAGCAAAUUCAGGCUUCUGAAACUGAGUGGAUGGUAAGUGGAAAAUACGGGGUAGUUCAGUUUGAUGCUGGUCUCUAGUUAAAUGACUUGUAAUAUUCGGAAAGAGAGAUUAAGUCUGACUUUAAUAUAAUUACUUUCUGUGUUCCAUGCUUGGGUUCAGUAAAGAUUCUUUUUUGUUUGCGCUUUUUCCUCCCAAGUGAUUUGUUGUUUUUGUCCCGCAAAAGACUUUAAUGUUGUGCAAAAAUUUAUAAACUGUCUUUGUAUACAUAAAUCAAUCUGCAUUUCAAUACAUUUUGUUUUCAUAAUGUCCAGUGUCAGCAGAUCUUUAAAAUUAACAUUUAGUUGUCCAUAAUAUUUUUUCCUCAUCAGUGGGUAUGACUUUAAAGAGUGAAAGCUUAACAAGUGAAAAAUUUGCUUCAGAAACAAUUUCCCCACUUUAGCAUGAAUUUAUUUAUUUCAGAAUAAUUUGUGCUCCAUGUCAUUUCAUGCGUUGCGUGAAAGUUAGUAUUUUAGAGAAUUCAGAAGUUAAUUACAGAUAGAUUCUUUUGAUAUUUUGAGUAUAGUUUGUGUUACAAUAAGUGAGAAGUUAUUGGGUGACAGCUUGUGAAUAUUCAUGUAGAAUUGAAAAUUGAAUUUCAAUUUUAAAGCACAGUUGAAUGUUGCUAGCCAGUUUGCCUGUGGGAGUGUUGUCCCAUCUGGUAGGAAGAUGAGUGUAAGAAAGGAAAAUCUCCUUUUAAGAAUACUGAAGAUACUGUUUAUUUACAAAGCUCUACCAAAAAAGAAGCACACAGAAAAGCCUCCCCAAACAAAGAAAAAUUAAUGUAACCCAAGCCGUUACAUUAACUGGAUUUUAGAUUUAAUGCAGACUUGAUCUGCAGGCACCUGUCAGCAGUGUAUGUGUGAGGUUCAAGCACUGCUGCUUCCUUUGUUGUGGUAAUUGUCUUUAUUUUUCAGAUGUAUUUUUUGGGGGGUUUUUGGUUGGUUGGUUGUUUUUUAAGAAGGGUACCUUAAUUUUCAGGGAGACUAUACUACCCCAUUUGCACUGAGAAGUGCAGGGUAGAGAGGCAUGUGCCAUACAGGUUCCUGUUAACUGGAGUUGUUGGGUGCCCAUUUCUACUCUUCUGCCCUGAUCUCAAAAGCUGCUGCUCAUUAUGUUCAUACGGCAGAGAUCUAUACAGUGGAUAAAUAAGUUCCAAAUGCUGAUGACUUUGAUUAUUUGUGUUUAUUUUCUUCUUCUUAAAUCUGAAAGGGUAUUUUAAGGUUCCAAGGUCAAGUAUUCAAAAACAAAAAUGCAAGGAGUUUCAUGAGGCAGUUGAAUGGACACUUAUAAUUUUAAGAGCUGGGUUUACUGCUCUCAUCUCCUUUGUAUCUUUGGCUUAGUACUCCUGCAGGGUGAAUUCAUCCUUGUCUUUAGGCACCUGAUCGAACCUCAGAAAUUAGAAAUCCAGUCAGGAAAGCUGAAUAUCAGACUGCUGAUAAUUUCUCUGACUGGAGAGAGCUCAGCAGCACUCCAGCUUUAGUGCUUUGAUCAAGUAUGUAAACGACAUGAUGAAUUUGUGCACUGGAGCCUCAGUCUCUCAUCUUUGAAAAUGCUGUUAACUUGUUUCAUUUGCGUUUUGAAGCAACAGCUUUGGGUCAAGAACAGAGAGAUGGAAGUUGUGGAAUAUGUGGAAUGAGAACAUACCUUGUCCAGAGAGGCAAAAUGAAUUGGGGAUGAAAUCUGCUUUGCCUGCGCUCAGAUUGUUUGUAAGGUGCUGGCUUAAUUUGCUGGAGAGGUUUAAAAGUGUAUAAUGGACACAAAGUCACUGUUGAGGCCACCAUCGACAAAUAGAUUUGCCUCAUACACAAUCCUCACACAUGCUGAGAAACUUGCUUUAGUUUUUUACUAGUUGUUAUUGUGUCCCUGUGCCCAGGUUGCUUUCAGGCUUCUGGGAACUCACAAUGCAGAUCGGGGAAGACUAAUAAUAUGAAGUUAUGAUAAAUACAGUCCUACAAAACACAAAAUCAAUUAGGAGAUGCAGCCACAUUCGCUCAGUAUUGCUGAAUUAUGACGAUUACUACAAGACAUGUAAUUCCUAGCUUAGCAUGUGAAUGAUAAGGUAUGACAUGAUGUCAUGUGGAAAAAAAAUAGUUCUAUGUUCCAGUUCAUUAAAAGUGCGCUUUCCAUCUUUUGCCCCUCACAAAGAGAAAUUUGUGUGGUGAUACACAAUGUGAGUAUGUGGCUGUGUAAGGAAUACACAGCCAAAACUUCCAAAUGCUUGACUUCUAUAGCUGUAAUUGCAACGUGCUAUCUCUAGGCAGAACUGAAUAUGCAGCAUACUUUUAUGUUUAUUGGCUAUAUUUUUGUAAAAUUUUGAUUGAUUGUAUGAAAUAAAGAAAAAAUAACAGCAGUGUUGCUAUAAAUGCAGUGUUACUGUCUCCCAUGACACAAGAAAGUUGUGAAGACAUAUUCCAGUGAGGCACAGUGCUCUCUUGGUGGGUUUGCUACAGAUUACUUAAAAAUAGGAAAUGCUUUUGUAGCUAUUCAGUGUUAAUUACUUUUUGUAUUACUGCUUCAUGAAAUGGCAGCAUGAUCCUAUUGCAUUUAGGUGGAAUUUAAAAACAUAACCUGAAACAUGUGUUAGAACAAUAGCAUGUGCUGUUAUAUAACAUUUUUUUAACUUGAGUAUUUAAGAAAGUUCCUUCGAUACAUCUGUGUUACAACUGAUUGCCCAAAAUGCUUCUACAGUAUAACUCAGGAGCUACUGAUUUGUACAUCCAAAAUUUUGAUAUUUCUGUUUCAUAUGCCAUUUGAAUAUUUAUCACAAAAGCCAGAGGCAUUUUCAUUAAUUCUGAGGAACACAAAAAAAAAGGUUUUUACUUUUUAUUUUUGUUUUCUACCUUUUGAACAACUGUAUUUGUAAGUCAGUUUUUGAUGAUGACUUUCAUUGCUGUUGAAGUAGGAGGAAAGUAAUAUCACAGGCACAGUGAAAGGCAGUAUACACAUCUGUCUGAAUAGUUGAUAAGUUAUCAUGUAAGAUAUCUACAAUAAUUUAUUAUGUAUAUAAGGUUUCUUAAAAUAAAUUGUUUGAUGUGGAAAAUAAGUUGAUUGUAUGACUAGAAGCUUGUAAGAGUAUUGAAAUAAAGUAUAUAAUUUUGUGCAAAUCAGACAGUGUUAUGCUAUUUCAGUGGCUGGGGAAGCCAUCUUAAAAUAAUUCUGGUCUUAGGUUCUGAUUUUUUUUCUUUGAAACAGAUUUGAUGCAUAAACCUGUAAAGCACAUUCAUUCAGUGAGGUUUUGAAAGAUAUAGAUGCAAGAGAUAGGUACAAUAAAAUGUUCUUCUGUAACAGGGCAAUAAUAAGGAAUUUUCUAAUUUUUACUCUACUUUUACUCCUAUUAAAAUUUCAAAACCUUAAAAAUCAUUGAGAAUCUCUUAAAUGUAUCUGGUAAUUACUUACUAAGGUUGGUGCAGCUGAUGGUGUCAUUUCCAGAAUCUCUUCUAGAACUGAUAAGUGCUCCAUGAGUUCUCAGCAAAAAUGGAAAUAUUUUUGUGUUACUCUUGCUGUAACCAUUUUGAUAAAAGUAUUUCCAAAACACUUUGGUUUACACACCUUGCUGAUGUCCCAUAAACCCUAACUGUUGUUGAAAUAGUUUCUUUGAAGUUCAUAGUGUUAUUUGUAUUCAUGGUUAACAACUAGUUCCAUGUGAACAUUUAUCUCCUGUGCUGUCAAACAGCAUAGGAAAAAAAGUUUACUCUGUUGCAUGAAAAUUACUCUAUGAAAUGGUUUUAAGCUAAAAAGAAACCCUUAAUUGUGUCUAAAAUAAAAAUUCCAAAAUGGAA